AUGCCUACCGUCGAACGAUCCAAGUACUUCCCUUCCGCCCUGGAGCGAUUCAAGUUCUGGGACGACCGAUUCACCACCGUUCGAAAGACACUGCCUUAUGGAUCGUGGGAUGACCUACUCUACAACCGAUGCAAGCCCGUGAGCGCCACGGACGACCACAAGGGCUACACGGAGGUUACCUUUGAGUUCACCAUCACCGACGACAUUCUCAAUGAUCUCGGAUCCAUGCAUGGAGGUGCUGUCACGUCUCUUCUGGACAACAUGACCACCAUGGCCAACUACUGCGAUGUGCGAGUGUGGAAGACCAUCCCCAUCUUCUACGAUGCGACCGAGGACGAGCCUGAGGAGGGUAUGGUCUUUAAGAGCCUUACUGAGGACCAGAAAGAUGAGAUUUUUGGCCACCUGAUGCUGCACAUUGGAGACUGGUGCGGUGUUUCUCGAUCUCUCAACACAACCUAUCUGCGGGCUCUGGAACUUGGUAAGACCUAUACUCUGAAGUGCAGCACUCCUUCUCGAGGCAUGAGAUUGCAUCAUCACCUUGGUCAGAUCUUUGACCAGCAGGGACGACUGUGCGUAUCCCUGGAGCACGGCAAGGCCCACAACGGAGCACCUGUCUUCAAGUUCAAGAAGCCUACUGAGGGAGAAAGCAAGCUGUAA